AUGCAUCGAUAUAGAGAUGAACUAGGGAGAUUUGCUCAACGUCCAGAUUUAGAAACCCCUAGUGAAAUUCUAUCUGACUCGUCUUCUACGUCUCCGUCUUCGCACUCGUCGUUUGAAUUCGCAUUUCAAAAUCUAUUCACAAUGGCACAACACGAGGAAGUUCAGCAGAGGACGUUGCGAGAUUACUUGCACCCAAUGCAAACGGCCACCCCAUCUAGCAUCAUGUUCCCGCUAAAUGCACCACCUACGGAUUUCAAGCCGGGCAUGAUUGCACUUCUCCCAACCUUUCACGGAUUAGAGAAUGAGAAUCCAUAUGUACACAUUCAGGAGUUUGAGGAGCUAGUGGCCACCUUUCACAGCCAUGCUGAGGCCGCAAACACUAUUAGAUUGAAGUUUUUCCCUUUCUCUCUGAAGGACAAGGCCAAAAACUGGUUGUAUUCUCUUAGGCCCAAGUCUAUUGGUACGUGGGAAGAAAUGGCAACGACAUUCUUUAACAAGUAUUUCCUACACCAUAAGACUAACAAUUUGAAACGACAGAUCUCGAAUUUCGUUCAGAAGGAAAACGAAACUCUCUAUCAAGCUUGGGAGCAUUUUAAGGAUCUAUUAAAUCUGUGUCUGCACCAUGGAUAUGAAAGUUGGCACCUCGUAAGCUAUUUCUACGAUGGACUCACAAUCCGAGAGCGUCAAUUUGUUGAGAUGAUGUGCAAUGGAGAUUUUCUCCAGAAGGAUCCUGACGAAGCUAUCGAGUACCUGAACGAGUUAGCUGAGAAAGCUCAUACUUGGACUGGACCGAGUGCUACUGAGAGCACCAGUAGGUCCCGACCAGCUGGAAUUUAUCAAUUGAGGAAAGAGGAUAGCCUCAAGGCCCAAGUUGAAGCUUUGACAAAGCAAAUUGAGGCCCUCAAAAGUAAAGAUAGUAAAGGACCCAACAUGGUGGCAAGGACAGAGGCACAUGAGCUUUGUUUAGUUUGUGGUGGAAUGGGCCAUCUAGCUCAGGAUUGCCACACUUUAAGUGAAAUGAAAGGGGUAUACGAGGAGCAGUGCAAUGCUUUUGGCGUAUACGGAAAAUCAUAUACACCUUUCUCGGAGACUUAUAAUCCUGGUUGGAGAAACCACCCGAAUUUCAGUUGGCGAGAUUCGAAUCAACAUGCACAAUCAUCUGGAGGGCAAUGGAGAUCAAAGCAAAAAUCUCAACCACCAAGGACAUAUUUUGCGCCUCAGAAUAACAUACAGCCGAAAGGGAAUUCUCUAGACGAUACCCUAAAAGCUUUUAUGGACACGCAAAAUAAGACGAAUCAAAGAGUUGAUUCAAUGCUCACGCAGCUGGUGGAGGAGAACAAGGAAAUAAAAAGUCAGAUCACAAAGCUGACAGAAGCUUUAACCGUUCAAAAGCGAGGUAGAUUUCCAUCACAAGUCCAGUCCAAUUUGAGAGGACAACACAUGGCUCAAACAUCCAACUCUGAAGGUCAAAAUAUCAAGGAAGUUAAUGCCAUCUCUACUCAAAGUGGUAUGAAUUUUGACACGCCAACGACAAGUACAACCACUUCGACUAAUGAAGAAUCGGCUCAGGAGAAAGAAGAGCCAACAAAAAUUCCGGUAAAGGUGCCCUUCCCCCAAGCUCUCCGACCUGCUGGGAAAGUGCCGGAAAAUCAAAGUGAGAUCCUAGAGCACUUGACACAAUUGAAGAUCAAUCUUUUGUUACUACAUGUGAUCAAGCAAGUGCCGCCCUAUGCUAAGGUUAUCAAGGAAAUGUGCACCAUAAAGAGAAAGCACCACGUCAAGAAGACUGCAUUCUUGACGGAACAAGUGAGCGCGGUGAUUGAGCAGAAAACACUGCCGAAGUAUAAGGAUCCAGGUUGUCCUACCAUUUCUUGUCAGAUCGGGACACAUGAAUUCGGCCAAGCCUUACUAGACUUAGGAUCGAGCGUGAACCACAUGCCUUAUUUGGUCUACUCACAAUUGGGUCUUGGAGAGAUUAAGCCCACAUCUGUGGUUCUGUAA